AUGUCGACAAAGAUUAAGGCCAGAGGCUACGACUUAAAACUGUUGGAAACCCAAAAAGAACAGGUCAUGGGGAUGGACCAUAUGUCCUUAUUACAAUCAAAGCUCAGUAAUACGACCCAGGUGAUCCACUGGUCCAGCACAUACACCACUGGGAGCCCAGUACUUCCAAGAGCCACCAGGGCAUUAUGGCCGUUAGUCUCAUCUGACAAGAUGUUGGAGUGCUUCCAGAAGAAAAGACCCAUGCCUUGUUACAGAAGAGGACGGAAUCUGAAGGACUUACUUGUGCGAACAGACAUUACGGACAUGACCAAGGCCAACUUUAAACCAGUAAUGUUUUUAACCAAGCAAGCAGGGCCGAUUCCUCUGUAUUACAAAUAUCUUCUAACUUUCAUUUUCGUCAUUGAGGAAAUUAACAAAGAUCAGACAAUAUUACCCAAUGUUACUCUGGGAUAUCACAUAUAUGAUUCAUGUGCUCAAACUAAGAAAGCUGUAAAGAGUGUCCUCCAGAUUUUAUCAGGAUCAGAAAAGACAAUUCCAAACUAUUCCUGUAUGGGACAUAGAACGUUAUCUGGCUUUAUUGGAGAUCACAGUUCCCUAACGACAUUGCCCAUGGCACAGAUAUUGGCAGUAUAUGGAUACACACAGAUCAGCUAUGGAGCAACCAGUUAUCUUCUCAGUGACCGCAACCUCUAUCCAACGUUCUACCGCACAGUACAAGGGGACCGGGCCAGUUAUUCCGUGCUAUCAAGUCUGAUCAAGUUCUUUGGCUGGACAUGGGUUGGAGUUUUAGCUUCUGAUGAUGACAGUGGUAAUGAAGAAAUUCAGAUUCUGACGGAAUAUCUGACUUCCAAGAGGAUCUGUGUUGCCUACGUAAUAAAAAUAAAGUAUUGUCAAUCAGAUGCCUUAUAUGAGAUGAAUAAGGAGAGAGCUAAUAUUAUCAGAAAGUCUUCUGCCCAGGUUAUAAUACUCUGUGGGACAUAUUCUUCAUAUUUAGCUGAUCUUUUAACAGAUUUGAGAGGAGUCAUCAAUGAUAAGACUCUAGUGUUUGGUCCAACAUUUGCCAGAACCACAUUUCUGCUGGAACAUUACACUGAUGUAUUUAAUGGAAGUUUGGCCCUUCAACCUUCAUAUCUCCCAAUGCUGGAUAUGAGAAGUUUCUAUGACAGUUUCCAGACCAUAACUCACCCUGAGGACAAGUUACUAGAACAUAUAAGGCUUAUAUGGAAGAAAUGUUUGUCAAGAGAUAAAAAAAUAAAUAAAGUAUAUAGUGAAGUAUAUGGUAUAACAUUGCACAAAUGUACUGGAAAGGAACGUAUAACAACAUUUGAUAGCUUUCAGAUCAGAGGACUGACUGAUCGAGUAUAUAAAGCAGUUUAUUCCAUGGCCCAUGCUUUACAUAAUAUGCAUAUGUACUUAGGGGGACAGACUUCCCAAAAAAUACCUCCUUCCUAUGGCUGUAGACAUCAGCUACAUCGCUAUUUGCGAAAUCAAAGACGUGUGGACGGGGAUCUGGUUUUUAAUGAAAAUGGAGAUUUUGUCACCCCGUAUAAAAUUGCAAAUUGGCUAGCUUUUUCCAAUAACUCCUUGUUUGUAAAACAUGUCGACUGUACAAGGAAAGUGGAUAAAGUGCAACAGAUUUAUAUUCAGCCAAAUAAAAUUGUGUGGAAGUAUGACAACAAUGAGAUCCCGAAGUCCCAGUGCUCAGAGAACUGUAAGCCAGGAACCAGGAAAGUGCUGACUUCUGCCUUAUAUUCCUGCUGUUAUAGCUGUAUCCAAUGCUCUGAGGGGCAAAUAUCCAACGUGACCGACAGUGAAAAUUGCCUGAAGUGUGCUGACCAUGAGUGGCCCAAUGAGAAGAAGACUCGGUGUGUUCCCAAAGAGCUGGAAUGUCUGUCCUACUCAAAUGACACAAUUGUUGACGUUUUCUUAUUUGCAUCUUUUCUGCUUUGCUUUUUAACUUCUUUGAUUCUUAGAAUAUUUAUUUUGCACCGAGACACGCCUCUGGUGAAAGCCAAUAACAAGAAUCUGAGCUUCCUGCUCCUGGUAUCCAUCAUGCUGAGCAUUCUCUCUGUGUUCCUGUUCCUCGGGCGUCCUGUAGAUGCCACCUGCAUGUUGCGUCAGAUCUCUUUUGGAAUCCUCUUCUCAGUAGCCAUAUCUUGUGUCUUAGGCAAAACUAUCAUGGUUUAUAUUGUUUUUAAAACAACUAAACCUGGAAGUUCAUGGGAAAGCUGGAUCAACACCAAGCUGUCUAAUGGUGUUGUGUUGCUGUGCUCAUCCAUCCAAGUGAUAAUCUGUAUGAGUUGGGUGACUGUCUCUCCACCUUUCCAGGAGCUGGACACUCAUUCUUAUCAGGGAAAGAUCAUUGUUCAGUGUAAUGAAGGUUCUCUUAUUGGGUUUUAUUCUGUCCUGGGUUAUAUGGGAAUCCUGGCAGCCAUUAGCUUUAUUACAGCAUUCUUGGCCAGGACAUUACCGGACAGUUUUAAUGAGGCCAAAUACAUCACCUUCAGCAUGCUGGUGUUCUGCAGUGUCUGGAUCACCAUGAUCCCGGCCUAUCUCAGCGCCAAAGGAAAAUACAUGGUGGCUGUGGAGAUCUUUGCAAUACUAGCUUCAUGUGCUGGACUUUUAGGUUGUAUAUUUUUCCCAAAAUGUUACAUUAUCCUAUGGAGACCAGAACUAAACACAAGAAAACAUCUACUUGAGAAAGAACAUGAUCUGGGUUACUCAUAA